CGCUGCUACCGUUGAGUUGUGAGGAGCUUCGCGGCCGUCCCCACUGGCCACCAUGUCCGCCCAAGCGCAGAUGCGGGCCCUGCUGGACCAGCUCAUGGGCACGGCUCGGGACGGUUCAGUGUAUCUUUGCCUGCCUACAUCAAUCUGCAAGGGAGUUGCAGAAAAGCCUCAUGUUCAUCGAGCCGAGAUGAAACCAGACAGAGGGUCAAGUUUACAGAUGACCGUGUCUGCAAGAGUCACCUUUUGGAUUGCUGCCCCCAUGACAUCCUUGCUGGGACGCGCAUGGAUUUAGGAGAAUGUACCAAAAUCCACGACUUGGCCCUCCGAGCAGAUUAUGAAAUUGCAAGUAAAGAAAGAGACCUGUUUUUUGAAUUAGAUGCAAUGGAUCACUUAGAGUCCUUCAUUGCAGAGUGUGAUCGGAGAACUGAGCUUGCCAAGAAGAGACUGGCAGAAACACAGGAGGAGAUCAGUGCAGAAGUUUCUGCAAAGGCAGAAAAAGUACAUGAGUUGAAUGAAGAAAUAGGAAAACUCCUUGCUAAAGCAGAGCAGCUAGGAGCUGAAGGAAAUGUGGAUGAAUCUCAGAAGAUCCUUAUGGAAGUGGAGAAAGUUCGUGCAAAGAAAAAAGAAGCAGAGGAAGAAUAUAGAAAUUCUAUGCCUGCAUCCAGUUUUCAGCAGCAAAAGCUUCGUGUCUGUGAGGUUUGUUCAGCUUAUCUUGGUCUCCAUGACAAUGACCGUCGUCUAGCAGACCACUUCGGGGGCAAGUUACACUUGGGGUUCAUUCAGAUCCGAGAGAAGCUUGAUCAGUUGAGGAAAACUGUGGCUGAAAAGCAGGAAAAGAGAAAUCAGGAUCGCUUGAGGAGAAGGGAGGAGAGAGAGCGAGAGGAGCGGCUGAGCAGGAGGUCUGGAUCAAGAACUCGCGAUCGCAGAAGGUCACGAUCUCGGGAUCGGCGACGGAGGCGAUCUAGAUCUACCUCCCGAGAGCGACGAAAGUUUUCCCGUUCCAGGUCCCGAGAUAGACACCGGCGCCAUCGCAGUCGUUCCCGGAGCCACAGCCGGGGUCACCGCCGGACUUCCAGGGACCGGAGUACAAAAUACAAGUUCCAGGCCCAAGAACUUGAAGAACCAGUAGUUUUCAUCCUGGCCCUUUGUGAAGCCCAACAACCAAUACACAGGCCAGGGCAUAGGAGAGGAGGUGGACGUCCAGCUCAGAAAGAGGAUAUAUGCCCUUCUUGGAUCCUGUUAUUCUUUCCAGGUUCUUGGUGCAUGGGUGAUACCAGUGUAUUGGACAGGGCAGUCCUGUCUUUGGCUGGUGAUUCUAAUGCUUCUCAAAUCCACACUGUGUUUUUCCCAUGUCAUAUAAUGUGUGUCAUGCAUGUGCUUUGGGGGAUGACUUUACAAUUUUUUUUUUCUUGCUCAUACAGGACAUAGUUUGCCUUAUGUCGAGUAAGAACUGAAGGACAUGGAUGUGCAGGACAUAUUCCUGUGUCUGGGACAUAGCAAAUAGGACAGCAGGUUAAAAUCAGGUUUCUGUGAUGACUAUGAUUGAUUCUUAGGCAGAAAGAAGGCAUUAUCUUCUCUCUGAAAUCAGAUGAAAACAGGGUUUAGUAGCCCCUGGUCCCCUUGACUACAUGAUCAGCACUUGGACUGGGGACCCAAUUUCUGUCCUAGGUGGCCUGUCAAUGAAUUAGGCCCAACUCAUAUGUAUCUGAGAAAAAGUCAGGAGUAUGAAAAUGAAGCAUUCCUAGAGAGUGUCUGACCAAGACUGCUGCUGCAGUUAGAGAAACUGUGAUACUGUUAGUCUCUGAGGGAUAAAAGCUGCAAGUGUUUGCCCAGAAUAGCCAAAUCUGGUCUCAAUAUUUGGACGAAUAACCCUAGGCCUGACAGGUUAGAGGCCUCUUGAAUCUCCUAAUGUCCCAUGGUCAUUUUAAUGGGUAAAAAGGCUGGACCUUUAUCAUACUAACUUGGGAAUCUGUGACUUUUGACCCAUGUACUGGAAGGGUAGGCCCUUUGAACUCAGAAGACAUGAGAGAGAGGAGAUGCAAGAUAUGCCCCAUUAGAGGACACAUCUCUAGUUCAGCAAUACUUGUUUACCUUGAUAGGGACCCUCAAGCAACAGCAGGGUCAGUCCUCCAUUGGUUGUGAGCUUUAUUCUGUAGUUUGGUCCUGGGAUAUAUGAGCUCUGGAUUCCAGAAUUAGCUAUGACCUGGGAGCUUUAUGUUUCCCUGGGCUCCCAAGCCUUAGAUUUUUUCCUACUUGGCAUGCAUUAUUAGAAUACACUGAAUUUUAGUGUGUGUUUUAUCCUUGUCAGUGUCCUCCUGAGUCGUAAACACACUUCCUAGGGUCUGCUUACUGCUGAAAUGAAAGCAAUUGCUUCUCAGAUAAUUCAGUGGACAGCUGUUGGAUGUCUUGACUCCUAGCACAUAUUCCUUUCAGAACAGCGAAUGCCCGUGAUGUGUUCCAAAGGUGACAGCAAAAUGCAACAAAGCUUUGUAUAACAAACCAUCAUCUUAGCCAUUUCUGAUGUGUAUGUCAGUGAUGUUUAUGUAUCCACAGUAUUAGUCAUCAUCACUGUUAGCAAGUUGUAGAAUGUUUUCAUCCAGACAGAAACUCCAGCCCACUCCUAAAACUAUUCAGCUCCUUCCUGAAGCCCCUGGCAAUCUGGAACCUGUUUUCUGUCCCUAUAGUUUGCUCAUUUGGAUAUUUCACAAACUUGGACUCAUGCACUGUAUGGCCUUUGGUGUGUUGGCUUCUGCUCAAGGUGUCUGCAAAACUCAGCGGCUUGAUGUAAUCUCGUUAGUUUUAUGGAUAAAAAAAAAUUCCAUUCUGAGUGUGAGCUACAUGUUUUUACUCACUCUGAUGGUUAAUAAUCAACUUGGUGGGUUUUAGAAUCACCCCGUGAAUGUGUCUGUGAAGGUGUUUCCAGAGGUUUUAGUGAGAAGACCCACCCAGGUGUAGGCUGCAUUACCCUAUACUCUGGGGUCCUAGACUGAAUAAAAAGGAGGAAAAGAGUGAGCUGAGCACCAACCGUCAUCUCUGCUUCCUGACUACAGAUGCAGUGUGACCAGCUGCCUUAAGUUCCUGCAACCGUGACUUCCCCACCACACAAGGACUGUACCCUUCUACUGUGAACCAAAAUAAAACUGCUUCUCUCA